AUGGAAGAGCUGCUCCUUGAUAUGCUGGCUUUCUACCCAGAACAAAUUCCACUCCCUGGCAGGCCUCGCUCUGGCCAGGCACAAAGGAAACUUAAAGCCAAAAAAUUACGUGAAGAAAAGGAAGAGGAAGAAAGAAAGUUACUUGAUUUGGAAGAAGCACAGUUCCAAGCAGCAAAACGGAAGGAAGCUAUUGAUCGAGCCAAAACUUACCUAUACUAUCAGAACGAAAGAGUGAAAGGGUUGCAUAGUGCACUGCUACUUACUGAGGUCCUAAAGGAAAGAGAUGCUCAAAUUGAAUUUAAAAAGUUCAAGCCAGAUGUUAACAAAAAGAAGGAAGAAGAAGCAGAACGUGAGCGUAAAGAAGCCAUUCUCAGAGAGCAAGAAAAGGCACAUCAGCGUUAUAUGAAUCGACAGGCACUAUGCAGAGAUCAGUUGGAACAAAUAGAGGAGCACAAGCAUCAGGCAGAUCUGGCUAAGCUAGAAGACAAAAGAGAAGGAGAAGAAAUACAGAGAUUGAGCCGAUUGUAUGAAUUGGAAAUGCAGAAAAAAAUGGAAAAGGAACAUGAGGAAAAACUUGAACGCCAGAGGCUGUAUCAUGAGCAUGUAGCUGACCAGAAAAUAAUCAAAGCAGCAGAGGAACAAAAACAAAUGGAAGAUGAUGAUCGGAUUAGAGCUCAUUUCAAAGCAAAGCAAAAGAUUGCCAAGCUGAUGAAAGAGAAGGAAGCUGAAAUGCGUAGACUAACACAGGAACGUCGGGACAAAAUUGUUACCCAAUUAGCAGCUCAAAUGAGUGAAGUAUUGAAGAUGGAAGAUGAUCGUCUUGCUAGAGACAUUGCAAAAAAAGAAGCUGAACAAGAAAAAAAGAACAAAGAGAAAGAAGCAAAAACAAAAGCUGCCAUUGAAUCUAUUGCUGAACACAGAGCCACUGUGGUGAAGAUGAAACUGGAGAAGGAGAUAGAGGAAAAAGCAGAAAGUGCAAAAGAACGUAAUGCAUUAAUGGAAAAGAACCGCAUCUACCUGGAAGGGGAAAAAGCCAAGAAACAAAGACAACGUGAUGCAAGUAUGGAAGUACAGAAGAUUCAGCUCCAGCAAAUGGCAGAAAAGAAGGCAAAAAAAGAGCAGGAGAAACAAGCAGACUUGGAUUAUGAUGCUCAGAGAGAGGCUGCUUUUUGUAAAGAGCAAAGAUUUUGGAGAUAAACACAGUAAGUAACUGAGUGCCAUGAAUGCACACGUUUAUUCUCCUGUCCAAAUGUUCAAGGAGGGAACACAAUGUGGAUGUGGGCUUUCUAAGCAGGUUUUAGUUCUCCUUUUUUCUCUCUAAGAUAGUACAGGACACUGUCAGGUCUUAGCUGAACUACUGCUUCAUAAAAUUAUGAAAGAACAUAGAGGCUAUGCAGUAAGGAUGUGGUGAAAUAUCAGCUAGUGACUUUUAAAAUUAGUUUCAGUUAAAUGGGCACCUGUAAAAGUGGAGAAGUAUAUCUACAUACAGUAUGCUUUAAAAGAAGUGCGUGAGGGGGAGGUUGGUUGGUACAACACCAUCCCCAUUCCUCCUGACAAAUGUACGUGAGCUCUCAUCUCACUCAGGCUGAGCAAAUGCUUGGAACUAUGUGGGAGUGUUGCAGCUUGCAUGCCCCUUGAAGCCCUGCCUGAGAACAGGGCCAGGACCUCCUCAGAGCUGGCACAGGCUGAAGUGCUGUCUUGGUUGGUCAGACCUGCUGUGGUGUGGGCUGCUGAGCUGUUUCUGGACAGCAGGACCUGGCUGGCUGCAGCUGAUGCUCCGUACCCACUUCAGUUAGUGUGGCCCAAAAGGGGCCUGUUUGUGGAGCAAGGAUGUUGCUACUGAGAACUUGAAGUGCAUGCAUGUCUGGGGCAGCUUGCCCAGAAUAGUCCUCAUCUGGUGUUGUGGCUCAGUACCCAUCCUGGUAGGAGCACAUAUUGAAGUUUUAUCCAAAAGGGUCUGGUUUGUGAUCACUCCAGAAUGUGAACAAAAGCACAGUAAGUAGGAACAAUCAAGAGACCUAUCUCAAACUCUCUUCUAAUCUAAACAACUGCUAGCACAGCUGUGCUAUUAGCUGAAAGUCAUGCAGAGUUCUUUCCAAUUAUCUUUGAGUAAUUGACUUGAGUGGAAAUUAAAUUUUUUUUAGAGAGGGCAUGGCAAUUAGUUUCUGAAAUAGUCUCUAAAUUAUUUUUUUUCACUAAUGAAAAAUUUAUUUCCCUUCUUUCUGAGCCAGUGCUCUUUUAUUACUUGAAACUCUUUCCAGCAAGCAAACAAUGCAAACUUUUAUUAAAGCUUUUGGAUGGCAGAAGCUGAAGCCUUGAGAAGAAUCACUGACUACAGUAGGAGUUGUGCUGAAAGUCUGCAGAGCUUGAUAAUGCUCCAAAUGCAUCGCUAAGUGUACAUUUGCAUAUGCUGACUACUGUGUAAUUGGUGAGUUAAAUGGGUCUUAGUCUACUUCCACAGCAGCAAGAAGCAAGGUGGAUUGCAGCCUCAUUUCCUGCUCAGUUUUUUUUUUUCUUAAAAAAAGCCCUGUUCUGUAGAUUAAGUCUGCACUUGAAAUCUACAGCCUGCUUCCAUGGGGCUUAUACCCCAUUUUACUUUGAGUGUCUACAGAAAUAGCAAACUCAGCCACCAGGAAACAAUUCUUCAUUUCACUAUACAUAAAGUGAAGCAAGAAUCCUAUGCCUUUUUUAAAUGCACUAAGCAUGGCUUCAUUUGACCACAUUCAGCAUGAAAAAAACAGCAUAAAAACAGCAUAAAUUAAUCUCAUACUCCUGACUUCUAAAGAUACACAUGCUUUGUGUGCUUGCUUUAAAUGACUAACUCUUGUUGGUGAUCCCUGUAAACCUGCAAAGACAUUUUUAGAUCAUGGAGUUAAACUGAGGUUCUAGAAUUCUUAGUGACAAAGCAUUUCAGUAACAUUGUGUUGUUCUUCACAGUUUUUCUACCUGAAAAGCAAGAAUGGAAGUCUCUUGCAAGACUAAUACAGAAGACUAAAGUCAGUUUUAUGUCUGAUAUGUUGAAGAACACAAAGGAAGAAAAAAGGACUUAAGAAGAAGCUGGGAGAACAGCCCCUUGUGCAAGCAGAAACAUGAAAGCUAUUGAACAGCCUGAGAUGAGAAAUAAAUGAAACUGAGAAAGCUGGGCUUGUUCCUUCUGCUAAGGAGAAGGCUAAGGAUCUAGAACAGCCUGAAGCUGGUUGAAGGGUGGUACAAAUACAGCAGAGCCAAAUUCGUCUCAGUAGUGUCAGGUGACUGAUACAACACAGUGUGGGAGAUAAGACAAUGUCAUGAAAAUUCCCCUUUUGGCAGGAACAUGGUCACUGGCUCAGAGUGGCCAGGAAGGUGGUAGAGUCAUCACCUGGGAAGGCUCUGAAGAUGUAGCACUUAAGGCAGGAGGCUGGUCUACCUGACCACCACGGGUACUUUUCAGCCACUAGUUAAAGAUGGUUAACAAAAUACAAAAAGCUCAAAUACAGCCGAUAAGAGAAAAAGCUGCUAAGCAGGAGAUACUCUACUGCUUAGCAUCAUUACUUGUAGUGGCUAUUAGCUAAAGUUUUAAUUAAUAGCUAGCAAAUCAGGAUAUGCUUUGAGAAAUGACUAUUAAAUUUGAAUUGCUGGUUUUGCUCAACAUCUUACCCUCUCUGUUGGUGUGCUGCCUUGCUUCAGAAGGUCAUACUACAUCUAAUUUCAGAGGUAGUGGCCUAAUAAGAAGGCUAGGACCUUAGAAAUGCAAAUCCCUUCAGAGGGACUGAAACAGACACCUUAAAUCCAACUGCAUUUUUUCCAAACAUCUCAAUUAACUCUGUGGAAAUAGACUGGCAACUUAAGUGUGGAGACAUGGGCUUCCAGGGUCAAGCAUGAUGUUCUGAACAGUAAUACAACUCUGAUACCUGCAUAGCUAUUAGCAGUAUCGUCUCUUCGGAGACAAUGCAAUUUUGACAUAGGAAGCGGAACAGAAGUUUUCAAAGACGCCUUGUCCUAGGCUGAUUUGACUUCACUCACAGUGCAGUUCUUUACUGUCAGGUAGCAUUCUGUAGGGUAGAGGUACUAGUUCUAUUCAAGGUCUUUAGCAUCACAGUCUUUGUUACUGCUCAGCUCAGAGGAAGGUUGAAGAGGACGCUCAACUGGAAAUACUCUGCCACUGAAGAAUAGAGUUAGCACCAUGGGGUGAUUAAGGGUUGACAUUUUCAGGUGCCAAUAGAGACUGGCUGUUACACUUGAAAACAUUUCUUAAGUCUCUGGUGGUUUAAGGCCAAAGAACUCAUUCUGUUUUAAUAGCUUUUUUUUUCAGAGUCCUGUUACUAACUCACGUUUGAUAUCUCUUGAAAUAGAAGAAUGCUAUAAAUAAUAUAUAGUCUUCCUCCUUGUUCUUGGCAAUGCUUCCUUGUUUCUAAUGAAUGUUCCUUGUUCUGGCAGUGCCAUUUAUCUAGUCAUUCCCUUGACAUUAUUGCAGCACGAUCAGUACAAUCUAAAUUUCUUGUUUUGGUCUAUUGUGGCCCUUGCAAUUAAGAAUGAGAGCCCACAUAGGAAAUACAUGCUAGAUACAUAAGGGGAUAUGUAAGUGAUUCAAACCCACCAUUUAAUCUGUUAAACUAAUAUUUAAAAAGAUCUAAAACAGCCUUAAAGCAUAGUUGUUCAUAGCUGCUUGAUAGUAUCUUGUAUAAGCCAGAAUGGUGUUUUUUUUUCCUCUGGGUUUCCUAUCUCCAAUACAUUAUCCAGAGAAAUGUACAAUGCUUUUAUAUAGUGAAGGCCUUACACAUUGUAACUGUAGGCCCAAUGAAAUUCAAUACUAGAUCCUUUAAUAGUAUUUUUCCCCCCUUCCAAAUGAGUAGCACUUAAUGAAUAGACCAAAACAGGCCAAGUUUUUUUCUUUAAAAGAGGUGAAGGCUAGAACAUGGCAACAUUUACUGGAAGUAAGUCACAGUUACUGUGCAGACCAGAGACAGAAUCAGGCUGCCUGAUCCUGUAUGAUGGUACCAAGAUCUGGAAGCUACCCCUGCAGCAACUGAUACAGUGACAUGGGAAAAUGAAGCUAUUACUGCUGUAGGACUAUUGUUUCAGUUACAGCUCCUUCAUUAUUCAAUGAAAUGUGAAUGAUUACUAAUUACAAAGGAGGACUUAAACUGUGUUUCUUUCUUCUUCAGAAAUACAUCAGACAAGUACAGAAGCAUCCACUACGGAAUAAGAAGCUAACCACAGUCUCCUAAAAACCCCUAUGUGCCUGCAAACCCCUAUGUGCCUGCAAAAUCUAUCAGUGCCUAACAGCUGAAACCAAUUCUGGAAUAUGGUGGAAGGCAUGCAGUUUGCCGGAAUCUGCCCCUGUUCAGCUCAAACAAGUACCGUAACUACAGCUAUACUGCAACUACAGAAUUUUGUUAUGAAACAAAGCAGUAGAUUCACUUUCUAGGAAGUCCAGAGGAAACAACCUACAUGUGUAUCUGAACGCUUGUGAUGGUGGAUGUGCUGUACUCCUUGAGUGUAACUAGACCUCAAAGCUUAAUUGAAACUUGACAUUUUGGCUUAAAAAAAUAAUCAAAUAAUAAAAAACUAAGUUGUUUAAAA